AUGCCCAAUAUAUUCGAAUUGGCGUACGACAACUUGGUCUGGCAAAAGGUGAAGACCAGCAAUGGAACAUUCUACUUAUAUUCCGCAUACUUUGACAUCCGUCCACUUUCACCUGCUCCAACGCUUCGGAUCCUGUCAAUGAUCGAUCGAGCUGUGCCAACUGUACCCACUUUCUGCCAAAUCUGGUUCGAAAACAGCACUAAACCCGUGAUAGCUAAUGUAUCUCAGUACAGAAUCCUUUGGGAAAGGGCUUGGGGAACCUCGAACAAGAAUCCCUUUUCGAUUGAAUGCAAAGUGCCUCUGGUGAAUAAUCAGACAGAGGUUCCAGUCGCAGUCUCGGUGGUGGAAAAUUCCUGCGAUAAGGCAUCGAACCUGGUGAAAGUGACCCACAGAACCCUGGAACCCGGGAGGAACAAAUCAAUUGCUGUUUGCAUCAAAGAAAUGCAAUUUGUGCAUGAAGAACCCGGUCCAGGCUGUGAUAUGAUGAAACGCAGCCCUGAAACCCAGACCAGGUAUUACGAAGCUCAGGGGUUACUUGAAGUCUCCCGGAUGACGAUCCCGGGUUCUCUGCCAAAUUCUCCCAUUCUGCGUCACCUGUUCCUCGAAAAGAAUGUUCAGCUGGGUUUUAUCUACGAAAUGGUAGCAACAAACGAUUGCAUCUACAAGAGCUUCUACCAGCAGGAUCUAGUCCUAAUGAUCGACCUUGACGACGCCAUCAUUCCAGAAAACGGUUUGACCUGGCGAGAAAUUAUAAAAAACGUGACGAAUGGCACAGGGUACUCCACAAUCUCAUUCAUCAACGCCUUUUACCCCCUUAAUUACCCCAAGCCCGAAAACUGGAACCCCGGUUUCCCAGGAGAGUUCACGAUGCUGAACACGGUUAACAGGCUUGCCAACUACUCGAAACCUGGGAUUUACGUGAAAUCCUUCUUCAACACGUCUGAUGUUCUCGUGGGGCACAGUCAUAGGGCUCUGGGCUGCAUUGGGUCGGGUUGCAGGGAGAAAGAUGUGCCUGUCAGUGCUGGAACUUCGCAUCACUAUAGAAACGUUUGGGAAAGUGAAAUGAGGAACCAGCCCUCGUCUGAUAACACCACUGUGGCGGAUUAUUCCCUGUGGAAGUGGAAGGAUGAACUAGUCAAGAGAGCCACAAGAGCUGCCAAAGAUCUGGGACAUCUUUGAAGCUUCCUUGAUUUGACACUGAGGAAAAACUGUCAGCAAUCGGCCAUUGAUUUUUGUUGUUGCUGGUUAACUUGAGUGUGUUUUGUUUUUAUUUGGUUGCUGGCGUUCAAUUCUCAUUUGGUUGUGUUUUUGCCUCACAGCAGAAAGUGGUCCAAAAUUCAGGCACGUUUGUCAUAAUUUAAGCAAUGAGAAUAGAUGUGCAAGCAUGAGGGAAUGCUUGAACACAGAGUUUUUGUGUGUGAAUACUUUUGAUGGUUCUGGAAGCGUGUUCCUUGUGGAAAAUAAAACUGAAAAAAAUUCUCAAGAGAUGUAAUUAAUCUUUUGGGAAAGUUUUUGUAACUGAUAUUGGAUUCACAAAAAUGCAGAAAA